AUGAUGCAUAUGACCUUCUACUGGGGCAAGAAAGUAACACUACUGGUUGAUUCAUGGAAGACUCAUUCAUGGACAAGCUAUGCUUCCACUCUAUUCAUUUGUUUUCUCUUUGCAAUCUUCUAUCAAUACAUGGAAGAUAGAAGAUCAAGAUUCAAAAUCAUCUCAGAAUCAUCAAAACCAUCUUCCUCAUCAAUCAAUUCACCCCUUAUUACUUCUUCUAGAUUUAAUCUUGGGAAGAACUCAGCUAGAGUAUCAGUUUCAAUUCUAUUUGGUGUGAAUUCAGCAAUAGGGUAUUUGUUGAUGUUAUCAAUUAUGUCAUUCAAUGGUGGGGUGUUUAUUGCUGUUGUUUUUGGUCUUAGUGUUGGGUAUUUUGUGUUCAGAAGUGGUAGUGAUGAUGAUGAGGUUAUGGCUUUGGAAAAUCCUUGUGCCUGUUCUUGA